AUGCCAGAACGACAAAGCCAUGUUCUCGAGCGACCAUCUACCAAACACCGUGUUGCAUCGCAUGUGCCUGAAACAUUGGACGCUGUGGAUGGCGCAAUUAACUUGUCGAGUGUCAAUGGUAUCCCCACUCAUCCCAAUGCCUCUGAAGCAAAGAGAGAUGACCAGGCAAACGAGGUGCCCAUACAUUAUGUGAACAAUGUGGCUUGGAGGCGACAGAAAGUCGUUACGGAGAACGAACCUCUCGUCGACAAAACGGCUGCCCUGGAAUUGCAUUCAAAAAAGACAGCGCGUCUCCAAAGACGGCAGCAGAAGAAACAAGCUCGGAAAGUGCGCUCCGACGUCCAGUCGUUUCUAGAUCUUCCGCAGGAGUUGCUGUCGAUAAUACUGAGCUUCUUGCAACCUACUGAUAUCUUCAACCUGCUUCGACUUAACCAGUCUAUGCACAGGUUUAUUCUGAACAACGAGCGAGCAAUUGCCGACGACAUCAUGAACCGUCGCUAUUGGAUCCUCAGGCAGUGCUUUCCCCCACCGGUAUCACUCGAUCAAGUCCCUUCAGUAGCUCGACCAGCGCUUAUGAACGAGCAACGGCACGGCCGGGGUCGAAUCCACAAGAUUCAAUACCAACACAUCAAGCAGAUUGACGCCUCGAGUGUAUGCACCUGUAUGAGCUGCGUCCUUUCCUGGAACAACCUCAACAUCGUUCUCGACCUCGCCCACUGGCAGAAGAACCUAGACAACCGCGAACCCUUGCCAGUGAUCCCGCCUGGCCGGAACCCGGAUUGGAACGUCAAGCUGCUGGAUCGACAUGCGGCGAUCGUUGCAAAAGCGACCAAAAGUCCACUCACCCAUGCACGGAUUUUGCAGAUGCACCUCGACACAACUAUCCGCACCAUCGUCCGUUUUGGAAAAUGGGAAAAGAAAGGAGACAAAGCCAGAAAACCGGAGCCACGCCUGUAUCAUCUUACCGACGCAGAAGCCGCUGCAGGAACUGAUGAAUUUCUGGAUCGCAAGGGGCCGCCGAGCUAUCAACCACUUUAUAUGCGCGAUAAUUACUACGUUGUCGGAGCCUUUGUACCGCACCGUAAGUGGGAUAGAGACGAGCAGAAGUGGUUCUACUAUGCGAAAUGGCCGCGUCCGCAUGAAAAUGACUUGAACUGGAUCGUCGCGAGAUUCACGCCGACAUCGUAGUGCUGAAGACGAGAGCCCGCUUGACUGCGUUAUCUUGCUGAGUGUCCAAAAUCGAUCCACGCAUAUUUCAUCAACAUGAUAUGUCUCUCUCUUAGAGAUCCGGUACUUAGAGAAUCGUCGAAGACUCACUGACUAUCUUCUCCGAGACGUCCACAACAGGCUUUUGUCAUCCUGUUCUUAGCCCCGAUGGCCGGACACCGGCCCGUUACCGGCCCUGAGAAGCUCUC